AUGAAGCUAACAGUUGGAGUGAAGUUGCUUCAACUCAUCCUCAUAGUCACCAACUUCUUUGUUUUAAUUUCCGGUUUACUAUCCAUCGGUUUGGGUAGUUACAUUUUCGCCCGUUUAUCUGGAACUGAUGGAGUCACGGAUAUUCACACCAUCCCCCUUUUUCUAAUCAUUGCUGGCAUUCUUAUCUUCUUGAUUUCUUUGCCCGGUUUCAUUGGAGCUAUGUUUAAAAUGCCCUCUCUCCUAAGAUUGUUUGCAUUCCUCCUUAUAUUUUUCAUCAUUGUACAAUUGGCCGCUGGUAUAUGCGUAAUUGUUUACAAGGAAAAGAUUGAUCAACAUGUUACAAAGUUUAUGCAAGACUUAAUUAAGAAGUACAAAAAAACGUCUAAAGAGUCCAUAUUGUGGUCUAUUAGGAGAAUUCAGAAUAGUUUUAAUUGCUGCGGUGGAGCUGGACCUGUGGACUGGAAUGGAGACCAAAUCAAAUACUGUUGCAAAUCUGGAGAAAACUGCGGUAACACUACUUUCACCAUCGGAUGUGGGUCAGCCAUCUACGAUGCACUUCAAGAAAAUGCUGUUAUUAUUGGUAUUGUCCUCUCCAUUUUCUGUCUCAUUGAAGUCAUAUCAGUGGUCUCUGGCUUCAUUUUGGCAAAGAGAAUUUCUGGGAACUCCUAA